UGACACACCGAUGAAGAGAGAAAUGUUUGUAGAUUUGUUUGACACCAAAUAUGUGCAGUAAAUGUGUAGAAGUGGGGAGUUGUUGUGGGGAGAAGGAGGGACAACAAACACAACUUUGCGCGUCAGGCGGCGCGGCAGACGUCAUUUGGCCGACAGCGAGGCGGUGCUGACGUUGCGGCUCGCGCCGGGCCUAUAUAUACAGACGCGCGGCGCUGAGAGUCAGUCCGCUGUCCUCACUCGCUGAGUUCACAUCGCACACAAGCUUCCAGAAAUUUCUCUCCGUCUCAUCACCAUGGCCGACACUGCCACCGAUGUUGCUGUCGCUUCUACGUCCGGUUCCAGCAAGAAGUCCGCCAAGACCAAGAAGCCAGCGAAACCGUCGGAACACCCGAAGUACAACAUCAUGAUCGCCGCGGCCAUCAACGCCCUGAAAGAGCGGGGUGGGUCGUCACGCCAGGCCAUCCUCAAGUACGUUCAGGCCAACUACAAGCUAGGCAACGAGGUGGCCAAGAUCAACGCUCGCCUCAAGACCGCUUUGAAGGCUGGCGUCAAGGUCGGGACCCUCAAGCAGUCCAAGGGGACCGGCGCUUCCGGUUCUUUCCGUCUGGGCGAGAAGAAAGUCGUCGCCGCAGCCAAGCCAAAGAAGGCCAAGAAGCCCAAGGCCGCGGUCAAGAAACCCAAGUCUUCUCCCAAGAAGUCUGCUGCCAAAAAGCCGAAGGCUUCUCCCAAGAAGGUGGCGGUCAAGAAAGCCAAAGCUGCUGCCAGCACCAAGAAACCCAAGUCUUCUCCCAAGAAGGCAGCUGCCAAGCCCAAGACUGCCAAACCUGCUGCAGCCAAGAAGCCAAAGGCCGCCAAACCAUCUGCUGCCAGGAAAGCAAAAAGCCCAGCCAAGAAGGCAGCCAAGCCCAAAGCGUCCAAGGCAUAAGGCUUGGAACAAUUUUCUCAGGUUUUUUUUCCCCAAAACCUCAAAAUGGUCUCUUUUUAGGGACCACA